AUGACCCUCCUAUCGCUCCUUUCCUCGCUCCUUCUCCUUGCUUUGGGUGUCGUUGCCAACCCAGUCGUCAUCAACCGAUCUCUAGUAACGCUCCCCUUGGCCAAGAAGUAUAACUUUACUAGUAUCAACAACCUCCUUGAGCAUGAUCAGGCUCGCGCACGGGCGUUGAAGAGUCGUGCGUUCGGGAAAGGCGGUGUUCCCGACACUGGUAUCAACGAGCCGAUCACGGAUCAGGCUGUCACCUACACCGCAUCGGUUGGCGUUGGUAGUCCGCCUACAUAUUAUGACCUUCUCGUUGACACAGGAAGUUCCAACACCUGGAUCGGUUCUGGAAAUAAAAAAUACGUAAAGACCAGCACCAGCGUACAAACCGGCGAUAGUGUAUAUGUUUCAUAUGGAAAGGGAUACUUCUAUGGAACUGAGUUCUAUGACACAGUCACACUUACUCCUCAGUUGGUCAUUCAGGGGCAAUCGAUCGGCGUUGCGUUGGAGUCUGAUGCAUUCGACAAUUACAAUGGUAUCCUCGGCAUCGGCCCAACCGACCUGACGAUUGGCACUUUGAACCCGGACACACAGUCGAGCGUCUCAACCGUGACCGACAACCUACACAAUCGUGGCACUAUCCCCGCUUAUGAAAUUGGUAUCUUCUUCCAACCAAUCAACGCAACCUCUCCUGGAAACGGGGAGAUUACUUGGGGUGGAGCUGAUAGUUCCAAAUAUACGGGUCAGAUCAAGUUCACGCCCAUCACCAACAUCUUCCCUGCUAGCGCUUACUGGGGGAUCAACCAGUCUAUCCGCUACGGGGUUUCAACGGUCAUCCUUCAAUCGACGGCAGGUAUCGUUGACACUGGGACUACCCUGAUCCUGCUUGCCACCGACGCUUUCAACAGGUACAGCUCGGCCACUGGUGCCGUCCCCGACGACAACACUAGUCUUCUUCGCAUCACGCCUGCCCAAUUCUCAGCGUUGCAGGGUUUGGUCUUCACUAUCAAUGGUGUUCUUUACACUCUCACUCCAAAUGCCCAACUGUGGCCCCGCUCUCUUAACACACAAAUCGGUGGCACCGCUGGCAGUAUUUACCUGAUUGUUGGCGAUCUUGGUAGCGCCAGUGGUGAAGGUCUUGAUUUCAUUAAUGGUUACGCAUUCCUGGAGCGCUUCUAUUCCGUCUAUGACACCGCCAAUCAGCAAGUCGGAUUGGCCACUACUCCUUACACGUUGGCCACUACCAAUUGAUUCACUUACGAUUUGCAUAGGCAACACAUGGUCUUUCUUGUCUAGCGGCAUUCAGGCUUUCCUGUAAUUUGAUAAUUGGUCCUUGAUGGAA